AUGCACACCGAGCUCAAGAAGGCUCUGCAGCAAGAGGUGCUGGCGGCCAAGUCCCGCUGGGGCGGCGCGAUCAAACUCUCGAAGGCCCCCGCCGGCACGCCGACCGCGCCGCUGCCGAUCGGCGUCGAGCGGACGAUAGCCCGGCCGGCGUCGGCCGAGGCGUUCGACGUGGACGACCUGAGGGUGCGGCUCCUCAUCGACGGGCCAUCCGCGUCGGCCGAGUGCGUGCGCGUCGAGGUGAGUGGCGACGCGCUUCCCGCGCAGCUGCAGGCGGCCGCGGCGGCGCGCGUGGCGGAGCUCUGGGGCGGGAUCCUCACCAAGUACAGCCUGGCGGCGCCGGCGGCGGGCGGGCCGUUUGCGAUCGAGCGGGUGCUGGCGUGGUGCGAGACAAAGUACACCGAGCUGCUCAACCUCGUGCCGGAGCUCGUCGAGGGCUACGACGGCGUCAACGAGGUUGGCGUGACGAUCCGGCGGUACUGCCUCGUGGAUCGGGCCGAGGGCGGCGAGGGCGGCGGCGGCAGCAGCAGCGAGGAGGAGGAGGAGGGGGAGGGGGAGGGGGAGGGGGAGGGGGAGGAGAGCAGCAGCGAGGAGAGCGGUGGGAGGCGCAAGGAGGCGGAGGCUUUGGGGGAGGACGCACGCGCGCCGCAGGGGCUGUCCAAGAAGCAGCAGGAGGCGAGCGGCGUAGCGAUGAAGAAGGAGAAGCUCGAGAAGAAGCAGGGCACGCGGCUGCGCAAGCAGGGCGCAAAGGCAAACAAGUUCGACGCGGAGGCGGCGGGCAAGAAGGCCAAUAAGAAGAACGGGCUGCUGCACUGA